ACACUAGACGCGAAAAUUUAAAGUUGAACUUUAUACUUUUAGUUAAACAUGGAUACAAGUUGACACUAACAUUAAACACAGACAAUUCUCAGGUGACUGAAACAUGGCAUCCAAAUGUGGUUAAGCAGAUAUUAGCGACUCAGUUCUCUUCGAUAAGUUUAAAGUCUGAAUACAUGUCCAACCAGUUAACAUUGGAUCGCUUUGAACGAUUAUAUAUGGAUGAAGCAAUUACUGCUUUUCAGGGUAAAACAAAUUUUCAUUUAACGUUAAGCUUAUCCGACAAAAGCAAUUCAAAACUAAAAGCAAAUCCAAAUGCACUUGCUUCGAUGUGCAAUGGAAUCAGAGGUUUCAGGAAACUUGAUAGAUGUGACAAAAUAACUCUUUUAUCAAACACAUUUUAUGAUCUCUUCCUCAUGAAAGGAAUAGUCAACUACGAUCCAACAAUUGAUGGUUGGGAAUUUCCAGAAUCUGGAUUGACUUUUGAUCGAAGAGAUGUAUUUCUUUUUGACCGAUUCUUGAAUGAUGGUCUAACGCAUAUCAUCGAAACCUUUCCAGAUCGAUUUAGAAAUGACCCCAAAGCUGUACUGCUUAUUUACCUGUUAAUAAUCUUUAACCCUGAUCUACCUGAUCUGAAGCAUCCCGAGAUUGUUAGAUAUGAACAACUAACUUAUGUAUAUUUGCUUGGACGUUACUUGAAGACAGUUUGUGAUUCCGACUGUGAAGCUUCAGACAACCAUUACAGGUUGAUGGCUAAAAUUGAUCAGGUCAAACUGUUACGAAAAAAGCUUGUUAAACAGCUUUCCUUGAUGAUGAUUGGAACUCCGGAAAAUAGCAUUUCAAAUGUCAUUUGAGCGAACUUGUAAGCUCAAUGGAUAUUCCUUUUUUGCUGAUAUACAUUCUUCGGUAGGAAUAAUACGCUUCAAUUUUUGUGUCAACUUAAUUGGUUUUGAGUUGAGUUGGAGCAGAUCGCAUGUGAAAAAGUGAUCAACAGAUGAUGAACAGUAUUAUUGAAUUAAUUUUGAAAAUUAUCUCAUCUUGAUCAAGUAUCAACCUUCAAGGCAUUUCCUUUGAAAGCCAUAGCAUUCAUUGGCUAAGCAAUAUACUGUCGGCAGCCAAAAGCAUCUAUGAAUGUUUUAUUCACCAUUUGCAUGAAACAUGAAAUUUUUGUGGAAAAUUGUGAAAAAACUGAACAGAGUUCAAUGAAAAUUUUUAUAUAUUAAUGAAUUAAUAAUAGCAUGAAAUCAAUAGUUGAACUACAAUUACAAAAAUAUCAGAGUUAAAGCAGAAUACAGGUUACUGAGAAAGUCACUGACGAUGGUUUUUUCAUUGUAAGUUUGAGUCUUUAAAUUUCGAUUGAAUUCACUGUACUCAGUGGAAAUAAAUAUGCAAUCAUUCAUGCUUACUGCAGCCUCUAGUAAAUGAGAUAUUUCCGAUUAUUACAGUUGGUCAUUUGAUUUUGAGUUAAGAAGAAACCUAAUUUUGCAUUUUAUUGAAGUGACACAGAGACGGUGAUUACAAGGCUCAGGCUAACUUUUAUUAAACUUUUGUACAAAAAAUUGAUUAAAUUAAAAUUGUCAAAUCGAUUAAUCAUUAAUCAAA